CGGGGGGUGCAGGAACCUCGCACCACAGAGGAAAUGCUGCCUCCGUCCUGGAAGAAAACAUACAUCUGCGGUCUGAAUGCAGGUUCGGCUGGUUAGCGAACGCCGUGCCAGCUGAAUGACGAGUUCAGGCUGGUCACCAUGGAGACAGAGCUUGGGUUAUGUUAAAGCAGGACGACAGUUUCAAGACUCGGCUGUCUGUCUUCUCAUCAAAGAAGAGACGCGCUGUGGUUUAAGUUAUGGAGUUUCCCCAGCAUUCCCAGCAGCUGCUGUCAGCUCUGCGAACCCAGCGCCAGCGGGGCUUCCUCUGUGACUGCACUGUGUUGGUGGGUUCAUCCCGUUUCCUGGCUCACCGGGCUGUUUUAGCCUCAUGCUCGCCUUUCUUCCACAUGUUCUACUCAGACUCUCCAGGGGGAAAUGGCAGCAACUGCUCUGUCACUCUCGACAGUGAUAUUGUCACAUCUGCUGCAUUUGGCUUGCUCUUGGACUUUGUAUAUGAAGGUGUGCUGCAGCUGGAAAAGUCUCCUCCACUGGAGGACAUACUGGCAGCUGCAAGCUUUCUUCACAUGAAUGAAGUGGUGAGAGUGUGCAAGAAGCGACUGCAAAGACGAGGACCUGUGGCAGAAGCAGACAGCACUCGCUCUGAAGAGAGCAGCGGAAAGGCAUCAGAGACGAGAGCACAGGGUGACAGUGGAAAUGAGUCCAUUGUUGCAGUGGCAGGAGAUCACUUAAAUCCAGUCAACAUAGCCAUGCCACUUAUAUCAGUACCCCAAGCGGCAGAGGGGGGUCAGUUGGAGUCUGUCAAGUGUGAGCAAAGGACUAGUGGGGGUUCAUCAGAGGUACGAGUUCAGGCUCCUUUGAGUCCUGACCUUGCUGAUACCACCCAGCCAGGCAUGGACAUUUCUCCUCUACCCCCAGGUGGGGAGCUCAUGCACGAUCUCAUUGCAGGCCAAUCUACCUCCACUUCUAGAGGGCUCACCAGGUUGGGCAGUGGGGGACAGGGAGAAAGAUCAGCUCUCUGCAGCCCUUGUAGCACAACGGAAACAUGCAGCCACAGCAGUAGCCAGCAACCCUCCUCCUCCUCUUCAUCCUCCCUGGUCCCAGUGAGCCAAGCUGGUGGGCGGUCAGUUGUUACUCUUAGCCUCUCUGCCAGCUCCCACCAAGACAAAACCAGAUCGUCUCAUGAGGCCUUUGUUGGGGGCUCCUCAGAGACAGACCACAGAGAUACACUGGCCAGAGGACAGCAGAUGGUCAUGUUAAUCCCAGCACCGGGUUUAACUUCAAAUCUACAAACAAAACCAAGACACUCAGCACUCCAGCGUGCACCUCCCCAAAUCCAAAUCCAGAACGCCAUAUCACUCCAACACCAGAGUUCAGACUUUCACCAUGCUCCUCAGACCCAAACUCUUCAAGGACUAGAGGAGGAUGCUGGAGCUUUACCUAUAAGAAGAGAAGAAAGAGCUCACCCACUUGUGGGUAGAGUGAGGACAAACAAGGAUGGGGAGUCUGUGAAGGUUAAACUAGAGGCUAUUGUUAUUUCUGAUGAAGAGCUAGAGGAGGAAAAAGAGGAAAGCAGGGAAGGAGAACCGGUGAUGGAAUUGGAAGAUGAGUUUGAAGAUGACAUCCAGGAAGAGGAGCUAAGUGGCCCUCAGUUCCUCCCUUCCCACCCACAGGGAAUCUUACAAAUCAACUCCCACUCAAGUGACUACUCCUUCCCCCUCUCUCCCUCUUCCUCCUCCUCUGGUGCUGGACCAUCUUCCCAGGACAUUUCCUCCUUCACAGCCUCUCUCAUUGCUCCUUCCACAUCCCACCAGCAUUCAGAUCAUCCCUCCUAUUUCCAGGACCUCCAGGACUCUAUGGGAAACUUUGUUGAGGAUGUCCCUACAUGUGGGGUGUGUGGAAAGACUUUCUCAUGUACAUACACUCUAAGGCGCCACGCCAUUGUGCACACACGUGAACGCCCUUAUGAGUGCCGCUACUGCUACCGGAGCUACACACAAUCAGGCGACUUGUACCGACACAUUCGCAAAGCUCAUGACCACACUCUGCCGGCCAAACGCAGCAAGGCAGACUCCGAUCCUCCCCCACCACCACCACCACAACCACCACCGACACCACCUGCUCAUAGCUAACAAGCUAAAACACAUCUACUUUUAAACACACACUUUUCAUUUUAACCUAGGAUAAAAAAUUUUUAAAUGUCAUUUUUACAUUUACCUUACACUCAUCUACUUGUUCUUCGUUGUAGACAGUGGGAACCUUGAAUAGUUAAUAAGAUUUCAGUUGUUAAUAUAUGUGCAUCCAUUUUUGCAUUUCAGGUCGGCAACAUUUAAAAAGAAAAACAGCUUGUCCUUUAGACAUGUCGCCAUGCAGAAUAACAAGCAAUAAAACCCUUCAAAACUUUAUUUAAUAUGGUUUUUAAAAAUUUCAGCAACUUUCUUAUGCAUCUGUCGACAACUGCCCAUCUUUCUCCCUCUUAAACUCUGCUUUUUGUGAUUACUGCUUUCAUUUAAUCUUAUGACAAGCCUUGUCCCUGCUGUUUUUUAGAACAUGUUGCAAACCUGAUGACCAAAAACAGAUGUGCUUUAUGUACAAAUGAAAAUGCAGUUCACAAAACAAAACAUGAGAUAUCUUGGGUUUAUCUUCAGCAUGUUUAGAUGGCUGGUAUUGCAUUAGUCAGAUUCUUGAAAUACAUGUCAACAUGUUGAAAUUGUGUAAAAUCCAAGCUCUAAAAACCCAUCUAACACCCAGAUAAUCCUGUUGUGGAUUUAACUUCGGAUGAGCCUAGAUGCUCAUAACAUGCUCAAAAACUCCAUAUUUUUGUAUCUUUUUGUAAAAACAGUAAUAUUUAUAUAAGUUUAUAUUAAUACACUCAAAAGUCCCAGUAAAGCUGCUUUUAUUUGUGUAUUUAUCCUUUUUUUUAUGUUAGAGGGGUCUCAGAAAUUGACUGAAAGGCAACCAAUCACAGUCACUAAAAGCUUUCCCAUUCUGUAAUGCUUCAGUAUGAAAGUCCUAAUUUAUAAAUACAGCAUCAUUUGAAAAAAUAACAAUUUAAGUAACUUAAAGAUAUCUGUGCAAUGUUGUCUUAGCAAGUUAGAAGUGCCAGAAUGUCUUGGAACAGUUUUCCAUAUGGUCCCCUCCAUGUUGUGCACACUGGGACAAAGACAGUGGUCCAGUAAAAUGUUAUGUGAAGCUCCAGGUUUAGCUCAGUGCAGUUUACAUAACAGUGCUGAUGGUUUGCAAGAAAAUAAAAAACCCUGUAUCUUGAAACCCAAAUUCACUAAAAACAGCUUCAAAUAAUAUUGGCAUAUUCUUCAAGAUGAGACAUAAAAUUAUUAUAUAAACUCUUUAUGUCCACCCCUUUUUCCAAAAUGGUUUGCAAACUGUGUAAAAUGUGAAUUAAUAAGAAAAUUAAACUAUUUGUCAGUCUUUUAAUACCCUCAUUUAACAAAAAUUUUUUGGAUCGAGCAAUUUGAAAACCUUGUAAUGAUGCCAGGAAAACUCUUCCUAUCCUUUAUUAUAGUAAUUACACUUUCUAGUUGCUUGCAUCAAAUUAAAUUUUCUUGAAUUUAAUCUCUUUACAUUUUGUUUUUAUGGUUUGUUUUUUGAGAUGUAAACACGACCCAUGCCGACCUAAUGGUUACCACAGUUGCUACUUACAGUAUACAUUUGAUGUUUUUCUUUUCUACUUGUUUCAAAGGAUUGGGUAAAUAAAUAAAAUGUUUACAGAAUGACCAAAAAUAUAUUUAAAAAAAAUAAAACUUCCACCAGUUGUGCUGGCUGUUAACUAAAACCAUUCUGCUCUCGGUGUGUUAAGUGUUUAUCUUAGAUAUUGUGACUUCCUGCGGGUUUUCUGAUCUGCUGAAGACACUCAAAACGCGGACAUAGAUGAACAAAUGCAGAGUUAACAUCUGGAGUGUGGCUUGAUUUUCAUUCAUCUAACUUGCAUGUUUCUUGUUGAUGUGCGGUCAGUCUCCUAGAACUGUAAACUGAUUUGAUACUUGUGCCAUUUUGCUACUUUUUGUUAUAUUUCUGAGAUUUUACACGUCAAGUUUGUAAUUUUCACAUAUAUUAGUCAUAAGUACUAUUGAAUAUUCUCACGACGUCAUUGUAAGGAGGGAUGAUUCAGGAUCUGUAUUAAAAUAAAAAACGUGUGUAACUUUCAA